AUGGACUUUGUUGAUGGAGUGUGCCUAGAGGACGCAUGGGACACCAUGCAUGCUGAGGCCAGAAAGUCUCUCGCGUCACAAUUGCGUGGCAUCAUAUCAACCAUGCGCGCUGCCACCCCCGCGCCAGGGCCGCAACUCAUCGGAGCGUGUGACGGGCCUGCACGGGACUGCCGCUACAUCAGUGACUACACAGGCGGACCAUUCGAGCGAGAAACGGACUUCAACAUGUUCAUACUUGACCUGGGAAAGCGGACCCCACGGCUCGUUCGCGAAACGCUCGAGGACAGCUUGCACGCUCGAACCGGCCAUCGCAUUCUGUUCUCACAUGCCGAUCUAUCCCCACGAAACAUCAUGGUCCGCGGUGGCCAGAUCGUAGCUCUCCUAGCCUGGGAGUUUGCAGGCUGGUAUCCCGAGUACUGGGAGCCCGUCAAUUUCUUUGACCGUCCAACAUCUUGCAAAGGGUGGCAUCAUCUUGCCAUCGACAUUUUCGAGACUCGCUAUCCAACAGAGCUCUUAACACACCAAGCAAUUGCACGCUGGCAGCGUCCAUGA